GCCCAUUCCACCACUGCAGCAGCUCUGAUUCUCUCAUCCGGCUUUCCCCAUGAAGCCGAAGCCAAUCUUACUUCAUCGUCCGACUUUCUGAACUGGUUCUACAAUUGCAUUUGUCAUCAAGAGUCCCAAUCGCUGACUCACUCCCCUACCUAAUUCCACCCACGAUCUAUAUAAAUUCCAUCAACAUCACCACCACAAUCAACGAUAGAAUGAAAACACACCUCCUCAGCCACCUCAGCCACCACAACACUUACAAGCACACCCACACGCAUCCCACCCACCAAGCAAACACAAUGACCCCCAGCAACCGACCCCCAGUAACCUUCACCACGCCCACCGCUCUGCUUCUAAUCGACAAUCAAACGGCCUUCACGCACCCCACGCACUGGGGCCCCUCACGCUCCAACCGGCUCUAUGAACCCAACAUCCAGUCCCUCCUGCUCGCCUUCCGUGCUGCAAAGACAUCAUCCUCCUCCUCCUCCUCCUCAACGCCAUCAUCACCAGCCCUAAAAGAAGUAAUCCACAUCUUCCACACAUCGACAGAUCCAGCCUCACCCUUCCACCCGUCCUCACCAGUCAACGGACGCCAGCCACUGGAUUUCGCCGUCCCGGCCGCAGACGGCUCGGAGCCCGUGUUCUGGAAGAGCGUCAACUCGAGCUUCAUCGGCACGGGGCUGGAGGCGCAUCUCCGCGCGCGCGGGAUCCGCCAAUUAAUUGUCGCGGGGCUGACGACAGAUCACUGCGUGUCGACGACGGUGCGCAUGGCGGCGAAUCUGGGGGUGGUGGAUCGGAGUACCGAUCCCAGUGAGCAUGGUCACGGGGAGGAGGUGGGGCAGCAGCAGCAGCAGCAGCAGCAGGAUCCGAGGACCAGUAUGCCUGAAGUUUCGCCGGUAGGGGUAUCUAAAGGCCGGAUCCUCCUGGUUGGGGAUGCGACCGCGACGUGGGCCAAGGGUGGCUUUGAUGCUGAGACGGUGCACGCGGUUUCGUUGGCGAGUCUGGAAGGCGAGUUUGCGGAGGUGGUGGGGACCGAGGAGGUGGUGAGAGCGUUGCGGAGGGCUACGUAGGCUUUUACUUGAUCUUAACUCCAACGAGCGAUACAGAGGUUAAACAGGGUAAGAGAUCAUAGAUUGUAGGGAAGGAAGUGCGGGCAAUGAUGGUGGUGGCUCCAGCUAGGUAAAGAACGAUCUCCUAUAAUGAUACCUCGACAGCAAUGAUAUUCUUCGACACAAA